UUCAAGACUCCCAAAGUCAAACCACAGUUUGUUUUCUCAUUGCUAAUUUUUACAUUGCUAACUGUUUUUCAUUUGAAUAGUAAUAAUAAGAGAACGUUGUCCCUUAACAUUUGAACAGUUUAAUAUUUGACCAUGGCCACAAAUACCAGCCCAAACACGGUGGGAUUUUAUGUGGAAGAAAGCAAAGAUAACAUAUAUGAAACUGUCCUUGGCGAGAUUAAGUACUUGGAGCUGCCUCUAGGAAUCACUUUAGGGUCUGUAUAUGAUGAUCAACCAAAUGCACACCAAAAGUUUAUGGAAAAACUAGAUGCGUGCAUACGCAACCAUGACAAGGAGAUUGAAAAGAUGUGCAAUUUUCACCACCAGGGCUUUGUGGAUGCUAUUACAGAGCUUCUUAAAGUAAGGGCUGAUGCAGAAAAGCUAAAGGUCCAAGUUACUGAUACCAACCGAAGGCUUCAAGAUGCUGGGAAAGAGGUUAUUGCUCAAACGGAAGAAAUCAUCCAGUGUAGAUUUCAGCAGAGGAAUAUUACAACCGUGGUUGAGAAGCUUCAGUUGUGUCUUCCAGUACUGGAGAUGUACAGCAAGUUAAAAGAGCAGAUGAAUGUAAAAAGAUAUUAUUCUGCUUUAAAAACUAUGGAACAGCUAGAAAAUACAUACUUUCCUAGAGUUAAUCAGUAUCGGUUUUGUCAGAUAAUGAUUGAAAACCUUCCAAAACUUCGUGAGGAAAUUAAAGAAAUUUCCAUGUCAGAUCUUAAGGACUUCCUAGAGAGUAUUCGGAAGCAUUCAGAUAAAAUUGGUGAAACAGCCAUGAAACAGGCACAGCAGCAGAAAACCUUUAAUACUGGUCUUCAGAAGCAGAACAAUCUCCGUUAUGGGAAGAAUAUGUAUAUAAAUAAUGAUGGCAUUCUGGAGCCAAGGAAUGAAAUUGUUUCAAAACAAAACCUUGAGGAGGAGGAGGAAGAACAUGAAGAUGAGGUUUUGACAGCUCAUGAUCUGGUAGAUUUUUCUCCUGUUUAUAGAUGCUUGCAUAUUUAUUCAGUUCUGGGUGAUGCAGACACAUUUGAAAACUACUACAGAAAACAGAGAAGGAAACAAGCAAGACUAGUACUACAGCCACAGUCAAACAUGCAUGAAACAGUAGAAGGCUACAGAAGAUACUUCAGUCAAAUUGUAGGUUUUUUUGUAGUAGAAGAUCACAUUUUACAUGUAACCCAAGGACUGAUAACAAGAGCUUACACUGAUGAACUUUGGAACAUGGCACUAUCAAAGAUUAUAGCAGUCCUUAGAACUCAUUCGUCCUAUUGCACUGAUCCUGAUCUUGUUUUGGAGCUGAAGAAUCUGAUUGUUGUGUUCGCUGAUACCUUGCAGGGCUACGGGUUUCCUGUGAAUAGACUCUUUGAUCUUUUAUUUGAAAUAAGAGACCAGUACAAUGAAACACUGCUUAAAAAAUGGGCCGUGUUGUUCAGGGAUAUUUUUGAAGCAGAUAAUUGCAGCCCAAUUCCUGUAUCAAAUGAAGAGGAGUACAAAAUUGUGAUUAGCAAAUUUCCCUUUCAAGAUCCAGAACUUGAUAAGCAGUGUUUUCCAAAGAAACUUCCAAUGUCUCAGUCAGUGCCUCAGAUUUAUAUCCAGGUUAAAGAGUUCAUUUAUGCAAGCCUUAAAUUUUCAGAGUCACUUCAUCGCAGUUCAACAGAGAUAGAUGACAUGCUUAGAAAAUCUACAAAUUUGCUGCUGACUCGAACUUUAAGCAGUUGUUUACAAAACCUCAUCAAAAAGCCUCACAUAGGUUUGACAGAGCUGGUGCAAAUUAUCAUCAACACAACACAUUUGGAACAAGCAUGUAAAUAUCUUGAGGACUUUAUUACUAAUAUCACAAAUAUUUCCCAAGAAACUCUCCAUACCGCAAGACUCUAUGGCCUAUCAACAUUUAAGGAUGCAAGACAUGCUGCUGAAGGAGAAAUUUAUACCAAACUUAACCAAAAGAUUGAUGAAUUUAUCCAGCUUGCUGACUAUGAUUGGACAAUGGCUGAGCCAGAUGGGAGAGCUAGUGGCUAUUUAAUGGAUCUUAUUAAUUUCUUAAGAAGCACCUUUCAGGUUUUUACUCACUUGCCUAAUAACAACAAUGACCAUGCGGCUAUGUCGGGAAAAGUGGCCCAGACUGCUUGUAUGUCAGCUUGCCAGCAUCUGUCAACUUCCCUGAUGCAGAUGCUAUUGGAUAAUGACUUGAAACAGAUAAGCAUGGGAGCCAUUCAGCAGUUUAACUUGGACGUCAUACAGUGUGAAUUGUUUGCCAGUUCUGAGCCUGUACCUGGAUUCCAUGGAGAAACCUUACAGUUAGCAUUCAUUGACCUCAGACAACUUCUGGAUCUGUUCAUGGUGUGGGAUUGGUCGACUUACCUAGCCGAUUACGGGCAACCCAGCUCCAAGUACCUGCGCGUCAGUCCAACCACCGCCCUGACCCUCUUGGAGAAAGUCCAUAGAGGGAUGAAAGACGCCAAAAAGAACAACAUCUUUGCACAGUUCAGGAAGAACGAUCGCGACAAACAGAAGCUCAUCGAUACAGUCGUGAGGCAAUUGCGAGGCUUGGUGAACGGGAUGUCCCAGCACUCCUAAGGGUGCGCUGCCGGAGAGCGGCACAGCCCAGGCAAGCCUCGUCCGGGCUAGGCUACUUGCUUCAUGGAGAACCGAAACGACGCUGUUAAAUGGGACCGGCCUACGGAAAGAGAAGGAGGGGAUCCGGGGGUCUUCAGCUCUGUCAAUUCCUGCUAUUGAACAACUUGUAAAAACACUCGUAGGGGAGAAAUGGGGUUGUGUAUUUACAAAGGCAAAACGCUCAAUUGUACAUGCGACAAGUUGUAUUGUAAAUAGCUUUCUUCGCGAUCUGCUGGCGAUGCUUCAUGAUCCCCCCCCUCACGCACACUUCAAGAUCACUUGGGGGGCGGGAGAGCUUGCCACCAAAUCUCUAUUGCUAUUUCCUUCUGUAACCCCGAUGUCAUACUUUCCCAACAGUGAACUUUUCCUGUUUCAAGUUGCCUCUCUCCCCCCCCAUACGCACUCUCUUGUAUUAUUUGUAUAUUAUUCGCCUUAAGUGAUCCUACAAGUUUUCUAUACCAGAUUUUCUUUUUCGUAGUGGGGAGGGGGCAAAAAAUGAGAGGUUUUUUUGUAGUACCCUUUAAAACUGCCUGAAUCCAACUCCGGGUUUGGUGGUCUUCGAACAACUGGACUUUUAUAGACGAUUCUUAAUCCCCCCCUCAAAUCCGGAGUUUUUCUCUGCUUGCCCUUCAUCAACAUAAGGGGUACAACAACGCGAUGCCCAUUUUGUGCGUGUGUGUGUGUGUAGGUGUAUGUCAAUAUGGGUGUUUCGAGGACUAGAUAUCCCGCCGCCCCCUUCCCUAGAUUUUCAACUUCUUCCCUGGAGCAGCCUCGUUCGAAACACAAACGAAUGUAUAAUAAAUUCAAACCAAAUGGACUAUGGGACUUGCAUAAAGAAUGUAUUUUUUCUUCUUCUUCGUUCGCUCGCUCCAUGUACUAAGUUAUUUUGACAGUCCAGAAUACAGUGCUACAACCCUGA